CAGCAAAGCUUAUGGAAACGCAAGAAACCACAGUAUCCACUGUAGAAAAAAGGCAAACGCAGAAGGCUUAAAAAAACCAUACUUACUCAGCAGAAAAUUAGUGCCAAAUAAAUAUGCUAGAAAAUUAAUACUUUACAGUGACCCAUGUGUAACCUGAAUACAGUAGAAAAGGUACAGGAGGCUAUAAACUCUAUGAACUUGUAUGUGUAAAUGGAAAAAUACAGAAAGCAAUGACGUGUAUGCAUAGUGAAAAAACACAGAGUAAGGGAAAAUUGGAAAAAUACAGACAGCAAUGACGUGGUGUAUGCGUAAGUGGGAAAGUACAAAGUAAGGGAAAAUUGGGGUACCUGUCCACUGAUGAAGAUUAAUUAAGAACAUCAAUAGACUAAUUAAAGACAUCAAUAGAACUAAAAAUCAGUUUUGGGGCACCUGUCCACUAUGAUAAGAAUACUUACUGAUACAUUAAGAACAUCAUAAGGACCGAAAAUCAUCUUUAUGCCAAAAAGGUCAAGUUGACCCACGAACAGGAAAGUGAAACUCCUUGCUGUGCCAGAAAAGACCAGAGGGCUGAUAUUUUUAGAAAUGUGUUAAAGGGGGGUUGUGGGCACAAAUUGUGUAUAAAAUGUAUGCAAAACUGACAAUCGAGGUUCAAUUCCCCUGAAUUGAUCCGGCUUUGUGCACCUGUGCAAUAAAGUCUAAACUUUCUGAAGAGCUUGCUGCUGUUGUGUCUUUUCCCUCCUGAAAUUGUUUUCUACAGAUUGGCGAUUGGCGUGGAACUCUGUCGUUUCCUAGACACGACAUUUGGGGGCUCGUCCGGGAUACGAAAAAGGUACCAUCCUUUCGUAAAACCAACCCGGACACUAACACCGAAAAUUGAGUGAAAGAAAAGCAGCGAGCUCUUCAGAAACGUGCGCUACGAACCGUGAGUGAAUUGAGUGUGGUAUAAGAACAGGACAAUAUAUGUUUUUUUUGUUUGUUGCAAAAUGUGCUGAAACUAGGAUAAGUGUUUAAAUGCAUUGUGGCUGCUGAAGGUUUUCGCUGUUGCUGUUGUUUGUUGCAAAGUGUACUGGAACUAGGAAUAAUAUUUGAAUAUAUUUUUGCUGCUGAAGGUUUACACUGUUGCUGUUGUUUUAAAAAAGAGGUACCAGAGACUUGGGAGGAGAGAAACCCAAGAAAAGCCACCUGCAAGAGCUCUGGUAAAAGCGUGUUUGGGAAAAACACUGUCCUGUGAGGUAUAAAGUAAGAGAAAAACUAUUGUUGGUAAGGUAAAAUAUUGUUAAACUGUGUUUAUGCUUAGAUUAGAUGCUUGUGCUUGCGCGGAACUAACGUUGUAUUGAGGCAACUAAGGAAAAAUUGUGAUUUAUGUGUAUGUGCCACUAUAAAGGAAAAAGGGGGAAAAUACGUAAAGAAACGUGAAGUGUGUGGAAGGUAUAAAAUAAAGGUUAAAUAUAUAUAAAUCUUUAAAUAGGAGAAUAAAAUAAAAGUAUAAAGUAAACAUAAAAUAAUGGAAAAAGGAGAGAAAACGCCGGUUGAAAUAAUCACGGGAAAAUAUCCUAAUUGUAAAAAGGAGAUAGAACAUAUAUCAGGAAAAUGGAAAAAAAGAACUAAAAGAAUGGUGACAAAAUGGCCUAAAGAGGGUACGUUUGAUAGAGAAAUAUGUGAUCAGAUGGGAGGGUUAAUAGCAAAUUAUAGAACAGGAGACAAGUCAGAAAAAAGAAAGCGAAAAAGAGAACAGGAAAAAAGAAUUUUAGGAUGGUUUAGGUCCGCUUCCCUAGAAAAAUAUGUAGGAAUGAGUGGGGGUCGCAGUGAAGAAAUGACCCCCCCUCCGUAUACCCCGCAGUCAUCAGGACAUGCGGAAAUAAAAGAGAAGGGCGUGUACCCAAUAGGCCCGGUAACAUCUGCAGUAACAGUGUGUCCAGUAGUAAAAGGACAGGUUCAGAUACAAGGGUGGGUAGAACAUGAGGAAAGUGAGGAACAGCUCGAGAUAGAGAGAGCGCGGCUCGAGGAAGAAAAGGGAAAAAUAGAAAAAAGGGUAACAGAGCUAAGGAGAGAAUACAAGGAGGUAGAGGAGUUAGAAGAGCUGUUAAAAGAAAAAUAUAACCAGUAUGAUGAAUACCAUAGCCGGUUAAUAAAAAAGGCAAAAGAGAUAAGAGACACUGAGAAAAAACAGCAAGUGUCUAAAAAAUGCCAAAAGCCUGAACAGGUGGGGCCAAAAAGGGACGAGGAAACACCUAAAAAAUGCGAAACUGCGGGGUGGGGAAAUUUUAGAUGGGAAAAGCUCCCGUAUAACACAUGGGAAGAGCUGAAGCCAAAAAUUACCAAGAGAACAGAGUCCCGAGAAAAACAUAAGCCAUAUUUCACGAAAGACAUUAUAAAUAGAAAGCAAAUCGCCCAAGCAGAAUAUAAAUACAAUAAAGGGGAGGAGGAAUUCUCCCCAGCAGAAAAAAGUGAGGCGAGCGACAAUGAGGCAUGCCAGACAAACAAUAGUGAGGCAGAAGAGUCAGACGGGGGAGAGGGGCCUGCACAGGUGGGAGGAGAUUUAGCUGGGCGAUAUCAAAACACAAGAGAAAGGCCGCCAACCCGGCGUAACCCAGCAGCAGAAGGAUAUAGCCAUACUGCUAGUAAACCCAAUACUAUAGCACCAUUGUUGAUUAAGGAAGGGGGUGUACCCCGAUACAUUCCCUGGUCCACCCAAGAUAUACAGAAUGUAAUAACCAAUCUCCCUGAUUUGCAGAAUGGAGCAAGCCACUGGAUCAGGGUGCUGGAGGAGGAGACGACAGGCCGGAUCCUGGCUGUGGGGGACCUGAAGGCUCUCCUGGGAAAGGCUGUGGGGAUGGAAACAAUGCUGGACAUAUUUGAGCAGGCUGGCUUUGACAGAAACCAUGCGCAGUCUCCAGCAGUGGACGGUGGGCCGUUUGAUAACGUGCGUGGGGUUGUUUGGACUGCUCUGCGAACCCUGUAUCCCGCACGACCGGACAUAACGACCUUAACGGGACCGCCGUUAAAAGACAAUGAACUACCGGCAACAUACAUCCACACGCAGUUGCGCAGGUGGAGAUUGAUAACUGAAAAGGACGUACAGGCAGAUCCCAUAAUGACCACCCUCUUCCGCAAAGCCAUCCGGGAGGGGAUGUCACCGGAAGUGGGGCGCCGCCUCGAUGAGGUGGUGGGACUGAACACCAUGACACACAGAGAGUUUGUGGAUCACGUGGUGCACGCUGUGGACAGGCAGCGGAAAGAGGGGAAAAAGCUGGAAGAUCAAACAAAAGACAUUCAAAGGAAGCUACUGCAGUUGCAGCUGGAGGAGCUGAGAGCCAAAGAAAAAGAGGCGAGAGAAAUAAAGGAGCUGAGAGCCAAAGAAAAAGAGGCGGAAAAAGUGGCAUCGGUGAAAAUACAGAAUAUGGACAAUGAAUUCUUUGACUUUGAAGCCACUCCCCCCGCCUGAACCACGGAGCAGCCGGAUGGUGCCCCAGCCGACGGUGGUCUACGACUUCUCCGGCAUCCCUCACCCAGUGGCCAUGCAAGAUACAAAAGAACAGUACAUAAGGGGGGCAAAAGGGGGGACACAAGGUGUCCAGGAAGAAGCUGCAGCUCUGCUCUCAGAAGACGGGGAGAGCGGAGGGACUGUGGGCGCUGACACCAGCCCAGGGAGCAACAGCACCAACAGUGCCCCUGCGGGUCCAGUGCGAGAAUCGCAGGCCGACUUUCCAGUGGAGUGACGCGCAGACCGCGUACUCUGGAUUGGAAGAUAUACCAGGAACUUACCACCUACGAGGACUGCAGCAACACAUCGUGCUAAGAAUCAACGUGUUAAGAAAUUGUGUAUAAUAACUUUGUUGGGUCAUUUAGAAUAAUAUAUACAGCUUUGAUAUGUAUAAUCAAAUGUUUGCGACUAGAGAGAGUGUUGGAGGAACCAUGGGAACAACGUUACAUUGAGGAAUCUGAUACAUUUGGAUGCUGCUAUGGCAGCAGGGGAUGCGCAGGCACCCAACAUAAUAUACAGGGGUGGUGCACACCCGACACUGUCUGACGCUGAGAAUAAGAACACAGCGAGGGGUGUUUUUCGGGGCCAUGAGGUUUGACCCCGAAAGGGGGGAAUGUAGGAGAAUUUUGAGACUCCCCAUGAUUGUGAUGAAGUCACAUGUUAAAGUUUUUUUUGUUAAAGGGUAUUCCUGUCAAUGUUGAUCAGACUGUUUCCUCCAAACUCUCAAUGCUUCAUGAUAAAAAUUAU